CAAGAAGCCAUGCAUCAGAUUAUUUCAAGAGGUCAGAGAAGGCUCCAAUAGAGGAAAUUCAAAGGGAUUAGUCUAUCUCCACCCAAUGGGUAAUGUUCCAACUGCUGUAAAGCAUUGCCUCAGCUACCAGCAUCUACUUAAAGACCAAAUUUGGAUCAGCGAUGCUACUUCUCCUCCUGAGCAGGAAUCCUAUGCAGCUGGACUCCCUCAACAUGUUAAAAUAGUAGAAGUGGGACCAAGAGAUGGUUUACAAAAUGAACAGACCUUUGUUCCAACUGAUGUUAAAAUUGAGUUAAUUAACCGUCUUUCUGAAGCAGGAUUACCAGCCAUAGAAGUGACUAGUUUUGUUUCUUCAAGGUGGGUUCCUCAGAUGUCAGAUCAUACAGAAGUUAUGCAAAGUAUAAAAAAGUACCCUGGUGUACGCUAUCCAGUUCUUACACCAAAUAUACAAGGAUUUAAUUCUGCAAUUGCAGCUGGGGCAACAGAAGUAUCUGUAUUUGGAGCAGCUUCACAAUCUUUCAGUGAAAGGAACAUUAACUGUUCCAUUGAAGAAAGCAUGAAGAAAUUUGAAGAUGUUGUUAAAGCUGCUUGCAAUCUAAGUCUUCCAGUACGAGGGUAUGUUUCUUGUGCAUUAGGAUGUCCUUAUGAAGGAGAUAUUGCUGCUCCUAAGGUGGCAGAGGUGUCCAAAAGGUUGUUCAGUAUGGGCUGUUAUGAGGUUUCUUUAGGAGACACGAUUGGAGUUGGAACACCUGGCAGCAUGAGGACAAUGCUUGAUGCCGUUAUGAAGGAAGUUCCGGUUAGUUCCCUGGCUGUUCAUUGCCAUGACACUUACGGCCAGGCUCUUGCCAACAUUCUUACAGCUAUGGAGAUGGGGGUUAGUGUCGUUGAUUGUGCAGUUGCUGGGUUAGGUGGUUGCCCAUAUGCAAACGGUGCAACUGGGAAUGUUGCUACAGAAGAAGUAAUCUACAUGCUUAAUGGAAUGGGCAUUCAUACAGGAGUUAACCUGCACAAAGUGAUGGAAGCUGGAAAUUUCAUUUGUUCUGCCUUGAACAAGAAGACAAAUUCAAAAGUGGCUCAAGCUUCGUUUGUGCCACAAAAUUAAAUAUAUGCCG